CAUCACUACUGCGCACACAGAUCCACUUCCUGAACAAGGGUCGUGUCAGAAACACACCUUUUAUGUCAUCGCCUGCUUACUUACUGACAUUCAAGUUGUGGAUUUAGGAACUGGACGAUUAAAGUUGACAUCGCAAUCCCCCUGCCUGCUGCUAUCAUGUCAGACCUCAGAGAAGACGGCGAAUUGGUCACAGAUCACGCCGCUGACUUCUCCCUGAUGAGCAACCGCCUUGACUCAUUCCAUGGCUCCAGUGUGGCCAAGCAGGUGCCAGCAGAGCGCCUGGCCCGAGCCGGCUUCUACUUCACUGGCCACGCCGACCGUGUCCGCUGUUUCAGCUGUAAGACGACUGUGGAAAACUGGUGCAGGGGAGAUACACCUGUAGAGAGGCAUAAGGAGGUUUCUCCAUCAUGCAAGUUCCUCAGCUGUACUCAUCGCACUGAUUUCAGCCGGAGUUGUGAUAGCACAUCGAGGUACAACGAAGAAGCAGAAGACAUGGAAUAUCGUUUGAGGACGGGAGAGGUGGUUGACGAGUCCACCUACCCGAUGGUCCCUCACAUGAGGAGGGAGGAGGCCAGGCGCCAGACCUUCUCAUCUUGGCCGGCGACCUCUCCCGUGACACCCAGAGACCUGGCUGAAGCAGGCCUCUACUACUUGGGCAAUGGCGACCGGGUGCAGUGUUUUUGCUGUGGUGGCAUGCUCGGUGGCUGGGAAACGGGGGACACAGCCUGGGGAGAACACACCAAACAUUUUCCGUACUGCUUUUUCAUCCUUGGCCAUGACGUUGGGAACGUCCCAUCCCAGGGGGGUAUGGCAGAGGAUAACAGCAGUGGUAGUAGACCACAAAGGAUCACUCAUGUACCCAUGGGGAGUUUUGAAUUGAGGCUGUGUAGCUUUGCAGGGAUCCAGCACCCAAUAGAUCAUGCAAGGCUGGCAAGAGCUGGUUUCUACAGCACAGGGACAGGAGACAGUGUGUUGUGUUUUCGAUGUGGUGGAGGGUUAAAAGGCUGGCAGCCUGAUGAAGACCCGUGGGAAGAACACGCCAAAAACUAUCCUGGAUGCAGUUUCUUGUUAGCAGAAAAAGGACAAGAAUUUGUCAACAGCAUCCAGCUGCAAGACCCUCAACGAAACAAAGCUACAUCAAGUCAUCAGAAUGGAUUCACAGCAGACAAAAAUGACGAGGACCCACUGGAGACACUACGGAAAUUGCAGAGGGAAAAACAGUGCAAAGUGUGUAUGGACACAGAUACUUGCAUUGUUUUCAUCCCGUGUGGUCAUCUGGCCACUUGCGAGGAGUGUUCGCAGGCUCUCGUCAAGUGUCCAAUCUGUUGUGGGGCCAUUACACAAAAGGUCAAGACAUACAUCGCUUAAGGAAGAUGAAUUUUCACAAUCAAACUGCCUAUGCUGCUUUUUCUCUUCCUGAAAUUGUAUUUUAAUAAUUGUAGAUAGGCUAUAAGACUGUAUUGUAUGUAAAACAAAGCAAUGACUUAUUGUCAAGAGUAUAUUAUAAUUGUAUAUAGGUAGGUCAAUAGUGCAGAAACACUAAAGGUAUAUUCCCAUUUUCAUUCCUGAGGUGCCUUUCACUAUGGGUUUGCUUUUUAUUUGAGGUGCUUACAAUCGCUCAAAUGAUGUAGUCAUGGGAUAUAAUAUACAGUAAUAUCACAUAAUAUACUCACAUUUGUCAGGUACUUAAUACUUGAUAUAUUUUAUUUGAUUUUUAUUUGUAUUAAAAACAGCUAUUUUGUGUUUUGAUGGUUGGUAAACAAUCCACAAAGAUUUGAUCAAUUCGUGUGAUGUGUAAUUUGUUUCAACA